UGGGUUCGGACGGAGGACUUGACGGGAGGCGGCGGCGGGAGGAGGAGGAGGAGGGGGGAAAAUGGCGCUGACUCAGGGGACCAAGCGGAAAGUCUGCUAUUACUACGAUGGGGACAUUGGGAACUAUUACUAUGGUCAAGGCCACCCUAUGAAGCCCCAUAGGAUCAGGAUGACCCACAACCUCCUCCUCAACUAUGGCCUUUACAGAAAAAUGGAAAUCUAUCGCCCCUACAAAGCAAGUGCUGAAGAAAUGACCAAAUACCACAGUGACGACUACAUCAAAUUUCUGCGCUCGAUUCGUCCAGACAACAUGUCUGAAUAUAGCAAGCAGAUGCAGCGAUUCAAUGUUGGAGAGGAUUGCCCUGUGUUUGAUGGCUUAUUUGAAUUCUGUCAGCUUUCUACAGGAGGCUCUGUUGCCAGCGCAGUGAAGCUGAACAAGCAGCAGACGGACAUUGCUGUGAACUGGGCAGGUGGCUUGCAUCAUGCCAAGAAGUCUGAAGCCUCCGGCUUCUGCUACGUCAAUGACAUCGUCCUGGCCAUUUUGGAACUGCUCAAGUACCACCAGCGGGUGCUGUACGUUGACAUCGACAUUCAUCAUGGCGAUGGCGUGGAGGAGGCCUUCUACACCACAGACCGCGUCAUGACAGCAUCCUUUCAUAAGUACGGAGAAUACUUCCCGGGAACGGGGGACCUGCGGGACAUUGGUGCAGGCAAAGGAAAAUAUUAUGCUGUCAACUAUCCUCUCCGGGAUGGAAUUGAUGAUGAGUCCUAUGAAGCCAUCUUCAAGCCAGUCAUGUCUAAAGUGAUGGAGACAUUCCAGCCUAGUGCUGUUGCCUUGCAGUGUGGCUCCGAUUCUUUAUCUGGGGACAGACUAGGGUGUUUUAAUCUGACCAUUAAAGGCCAUGCCAAAUGUGUGGAGUUCAUCAAAAGCUUUAACUUGCCCAUGCUGAUGCUCGGAGGAGGUGGCUACACAAUUCGCAAUGUAGCCAGGUGCUGGACAUACGAGACUGCUGUGGCACUGAACACAGAGAUCCCAAAUGAGCUUCCAUACAACGAUUAUUUUGAAUACUUUGGCCCAGACUUCAAGCUCCACAUCAGUCCCUCCAACAUGACCAACCAAAACACCAAUGAAUAUCUGGAGAAGAUUAAGCAGCGCCUCUUUGAGAACCUGCGGAUGCUCCCUCAUGCUCCUGGGGUCCAGAUGCAGCCGAUCCCAGAAGAUGCUGUGCCGGAGGACAGUGGAGAUGAAGAUGAGGAAGAUCCUGACAAACGGAUUUCCAUCCGCUCAUCAGAUAAGAGAAUAGCAUGUGAUGAAGAGUUCUCAGAUUCUGAAGAUGAAGGGGAAGGCGGACGCAGAAAUGUAGCUAACUUCAAGAAGGCCAAACGGGCAAAAACUGAAGAGGAGGAGAAGGAAGAAGAGAAGAAAGAAGUCAAAGAGGAGGAGAAGGCCAAAGAGGAGGCAGCAGAACCGAAGGGGGUCAAGGAAGAGAUUAAAUCGACUUAAGAAGCUGGCAGAUGGGGAACUGACAGCCCCCGUUUCUCUGAUUUCCCCCUCCUUCAGUUCUUCAGAAUUUGUAUUUUAUAUGUUUCUGUAGAUAUUUCUAUAUAAAUAUACUAGGGAAGCUGGGCAGCGUUCCCUUCUGCAGAUCCCCGGAUAAGCCCUGGGGAGGAUUCUGCUCAGCCCCAGCUGGGGGGAGGGGGAGGGGAGAGAAGACACCCUUAUUUUUCUGCCGCUGCUUCAUUGGAAACGUGUUCUGUUUUUGUUCUUCGGAAAGAAACCUGUUUCUCCUGCACUUUUUCUCCUUUUGAAACGAUGAAUCCCCGCUUUGAGAACUGUAGACUCUGGGGGUUUGGUUUGUUCUCUUCUUUUCUUAAAUAUGUUUUUUUUUAAAAAAAUUUUGAGGUGUGGAUACAGCCAUAAAACUUUCGGUAACUAGGGGUGCUCACAAUAGAGCUGGGAGUUCCAGCCAGCAAAGGCCUGUGAGAAAACCCACCUCGUUCUGGGCAGCUGCAGAUGGAUGCUGCCUCUCAGCAUCCUAACGCCUGGGUAGUGAAGGGAUGCUCCAGCUGCAGCAGGUGUCGGGGCACAGGCUGGGUGGGUGUAUAGGCCAGGGCAAGGAGGCGAUUGGGGGAGGGGUCCUGCAACUAUCACUCCCUUCAGAUUCUGGGGAGGAAGAUGCGUUUUCUUCAAGGAAAGGAGAGCAGUGCUGAUGGUGGCUCUCUCCAGAAUCGGUGCUUUGUGCGGAAGGACCUGGUGUUGCACCUGCAGCUCUCCUAGCCUCUUCUGACUUUGCAUCAGCUCAAAAGCCCUUAAUACGCAUGUGUGAGACAAACAAGGCCUUGCAAGAUGGCGCUCAGGCAGGGUCACUUUUUGGAAGGUCUCUUUGAAUAGCGCCAGGUGGAUUUGAUACUCGGAGAAGGGCAGCUUGCAGAAGCCAGCAGGUGGGGGGCACAGAGUGGGGCAGUGUCCUUUCACAGAGAGCCAUGAUAGGAGUCCCCCCCAGCGAUGCUGCUACCUUAGCCAUGUCACUCUAGGGGAGGGUGGGGGAAAGGGUUUUAUUUUUUUAAGCCUCCAGUUUACCUGGUUUUUAAGUCCCUUGGACACAAGUUCUGUGCAGAUUCUUCUUGCUCUUUGAUAACUUGUAUUUGGUGAAAAGAAAGAUCAUUGUAUUUGUGUGUUGGGGGGGUGGGGGCUGUGGGAAGAUAUAUAUAUUGUGGUUUUUUUAAAGAAACUUUUUAUUUUUCGUUUUCUUGGAGAAAGAAAGAUCUUUGUAAUAAAAGCAGUCUGUUUCUCUGUU